GUAACUCGACAAAUCAGACAUUUUAUAUAUCGCGCUAUAUCUUAUUUCUCGAUUUAGAUAUUGGACAUGCUAUCGUUGCAUAUCAUAAUUGCAUUGCUGGCUAUUUUCGCGAUGGGUUUCGAGGAUGCAACCGCGUGCAAUUGCGAGCACUGUGAUGAGGAAGGAGUGAUCGGUUUGGGAGUGGAGACGACUACUACUCAGGCCAUGUACCAAGAGGACCGUGAUAAUGAUGGUAAUCGAACAAUUUGUGCCAGGAAUCGCGAGUUUAAAGAUCGCACAUUCCAAAGCGUCUGUUACAUGCUCUGUUACAAUAGUUGCACGAAAUAUCGAAUGGUAGCAGUUAAAGAGAAAGACAUAAAGAAGUAUGUUAUAAUUGCAUACAGACCGAAUUAUUAUAAAUUAAGAGAUGGCGCUUGCUGAAAGAGGGAAUUGUUCUGUACUUCUCUGCGAAUGGUAAUCGAAAAGCUCGACAUGUACAAUCAUUAGAGGAGUUU